AAAGACGGUAGGGAUGUGUGUGAGCGUGUGGUGAUCGGUGCUGCAGGUACACUCAGAGACGGAUACAGGUUUUUCUAGCCGCACCGGACCGCGGCAAGACCGCCUCGGAGCCUGCCUCUAUUCCUCUUCAUCCCCUCCAAACAACCCUCCGCAAUGUCUGGCGGAGGAGAGGUACGCGUCCUCCGUCAAGAGCCCGGACAAGAGAGCCCGAGGAUGCCGGCCUGGAAGCGAGAGAUUCUGGAGAGGAGGAAGGCGAAGGGCGGCGGGUCUGGAGGAGCCGGUGUCGCGGAGACAAGCCCCAGCGGUGCGGGCCCGCAGCGGGUUAACGGCGAGGUGACGGGAAAUGUGAACGGCAGCAGCGGCGGCGGACCCAAGAGAGACAGCGGACCGAGCGGCGGGUCCGGGCGGAACUACACCAUCACCACGGCCAGCCAACACUUCGCCAACAACAAAGAGACACGACCGGCGGCCGCGGAGAGGACGACGCCGAGAGAGGACGACAGACAGGAGAGCCUAGUGCUACAGGAGAGCCUGGGCCCGCUGGAGGAGAACCCGUUCAUCAAGCUGGAGAAGGAGCGGAGGAGGCGACAGGACCGAGAAAACGCCGCUCGUCCGGUGCAGCACAUCCUGGAGCUUUACGGCAGCGUACCCGGUAUCCGGACUAUCCGUGCAGAGAAUAUUAUCAUAAUUGAAUCGGAUCCAGAUUAUUUUCCGGAAGCCGGAGGGGCAAAAACCGGGUCCAAGUGGCAGCAAAACGGUGUCAGUAGUUAUAGCUCUCUGAACGACCUCCUGGACCGGAGAGGGAGUGCUGUUACUGAGAUAAGAGCCAAGGAAGUGGUGAUUUAUGACACCACGUUAAGCAAGAGUGAGGAGAACUUGAGCACCCUGGGCCGCCCUGAUCUUGAAGUCCCAUCAUAUGAGACAGGAGAGGGUCAAGGCAGGGUCAGCCGGAUGCUGCAGAAGUUUGACAGCAACUAUGGGAAGCUGCAGAAGAAGUCCCACAGCACAGAGAACCUGCUGGACCUGGAUUGUAGUGCCAGCAGCAGGCCACGACUCUGGCCCAAGCCACAGCCAGAUCUGGUGCCAAAGCCCAGGCCAGGCCCGUCAGUCAGCAGCCCGGUCAGCAGCCACCCGUCGUCGCCUGUCUUCCAGAGUCCCUGGUCUUCCAAACCAAAGCCACAGCCUGCUGUCUCUGAGCCAGGCAGCCCCCAGCGCCCCAUCAGGUCUCCACAGUCGGUGUCUUCCUUCCGUCAGCGGUUUGAGGAGAGCGGGGGCAGCGGCGUGGCUGUCACACCCAGAGAUGAGCCAGACAGGGGGCUAACCAAGCCCACCAGGGAGAGAGACUGGGAGUGCACCGAGGUGCCACCCAAACCCAAGGUGCCAUGCUCUCCGGAGACCCGUCGUGUCCGUGCCGAGACCCCCUCAAGUCCCAUCUCAUCCAAGGUGGCACGCUCCUCGCCUGACUUUGAGAUCCGUCCCUCUCCAAAGCCAGACCUCGACCGAAUUCCUGAUGGGGAUACCCAGGCGCGGGCCCUUGCAAACCUGCGCCUGCAGUCCCGGAACUCCUUCACAGUGAUCCCCAAGCGUCACCUCGCUGCCUCAUCUGCAGCAAGCAGUCUGGCCCCAUCUGGCCCCAUCAAGUCUUCCCCUUCCCACAGAGUGGCAGAGGUGCCCACACCAGGAGUGCCAACCUCCCAUGCCCCUACACCCACUCUGACACACUCAAAGAGGAAGGAGGAGAAAGAGCAGGGAGAGAAGGAGGUGGAGAGGGUAAUAAGGCCCAAGCCUGAACCAUCUACUUCUGUUGCCACAAGUCCUGCACCUCCUCCAGCCUCAGAACCUGUGUCUCCAUCUCCUGCUCUCACCCCAGCUCCAUCCUCUCCUCCUGCCCUGUCUUCACCUCCCUCUUCUCCAGCUGUUCCAUCCUCACCCCCUUUCUCUCCCCCUGCCACAUCUCGUGUCCCUUCAGACUCUCCUGCCCCACUUCCUGUUCCUUCUACGCCUACCCCAGCUCCAGAACAACCACCCGUGGACCAGCUACCAGUAACAAACAUAGACGAUGUUGAGGUGGAGCCACCGCAGCGUGUCCCUGUUCCCAGCCCCAUGGUGCAGAGGAGAAAGGGGAACACCUUCACUGUGGUGCCUAAACGUAAGGUGGAGACCGAGGCCCAGUCAAGUUCACCUGAGCCCCCGCAGCAAGCCCCAGCGGAGACCCCUCCUGGAUCUACACCACCGCAGGCUCCCUAUGCUCAGCUGGGCUCCCUGCUGAAGAAGCGCUAUCCUGCUGUGGAGGAGAUUGAGGUCAUCGGUGGGUACCUUUCCCUCGCCAAGUCCUGCCUCUCUAAGACGGGCUCCACAGGCAAGAAGCUCAAAAUCUCAUUCAAUGAGUCGAGUCUCCAGAGUACGUACGAGUAUCCGUCAGAGAGCAGCGUGUGGGACAGCGGGGACGAGGACGAGGAGGAGAAACAAGACGCGAAGGUGGCGGACGAACAGCCAAGCAUGGUGGGACGCCUCCACAUCCCCCGACCCAGUUUCACCACCUCGCCCACACACACGACCAACAGCAACGACCUUUCCAGCUAUAUCCCCAAGCACACGGUGGACUUCAGCGCCUGGCAGGAGCACAAGCACGACGACAGUGUUUACCAGGAAGACGCCACUGCCCAACAGAUGCAGAUGACAGAGGAAGUUAUGCUCACACCAGCAGACAGCUCCUCCCUGUCUGACUACAGCAGCGAGCCCGCUCUUUACUUCUGAUGGGUCGGACCAAUCCGCUGUACAGCAACUUUACAGCAUCACACUUGUGGGGACCAGACCGCAGCCAGAGCCCAGAGGGAGUCUGUCACACAUGGGCCUGACCUGCCUGCAGCUCUACACUCCAGCCAUCUCUAAGCACAUCUUCCUGAUCAGAAAGGAAAUACAGUGUUGUCGUUUUUCUUUUUUUUUUUUUUUUUUGGGCUGAUUUCCUGCCACGGUACCACUACAUGCCACGUUAUCAAGUGCAUAUCAGAGCAGAGCAGCUUUUUUUUUUUUGCCAGGCAGCUUUUGACCUGGCGUAACCAAUCCAGAAGCAGCUGGACUGUCUUUCCCCUCUGAUCUUGGACAGUUGAUCUGUCAGCCUCCCUCCCUCCUCCCUCACCCUCACUAACAAGAUGUCUGACGGAAUCUAAUCGAUUGUCAAAAUCUGGAAGAGACGUCUGUCUUCCUCUCCAGACUCUGGAAGAAGUCCACUGGCUCCAUGUCUCUCUCGCUCCGGGUUUCUUGGGGGGCGACGUCGACGAGCAAAGGAGUUUAAAGCAAAACUCCUUCAGAAAACCAGGAAGCCGCCAGUGCCCACGUGUAGGUAUCGCCACGGUGACAGAGUUCAGUGUUAGCAUGGAAACAUGUCACUAGGACGUUCUCCAAAAAUGUAGGACACGGAGGACCAGUCCGCUUGCGUACAGUAGAUUGAUGGCAGACUCAAACACACAAAAACAAAAAAAAAAAGGUUAAAGGGUGCCACAAUUGUAGUUAUUUUUUUGUCUUGUUUUUUUUUUUUUUUUUGUACCUGCAUGUUUUGAUUUCAGCCAACACCUCAGUUGGUUCUGUUUUACUGUAAAGCUUCUGUAUGCCUUUUUAGUUUUGUAUGUUCUCUGGCAAACUAUGCUGUAAUGAAGCUGCUGGACGUCUGGUAGAGGAGUCUUAACGGCAAGCAAACUUCAACACACGUCCCUCUCCCUUUGUGAAGGGGGGAGGAAACAUAUGCACCCGGGGGGGGAGGGAAGGUUUGUUGUCCAUCAGUAGCAGCUCUGAUCCCUGAUCACAUGCUUGAAAAAAGUGACCUUGGCCAAUAAUGUCUGUAUGUCCAUGUUGCUGGUGACAAAACAAAACAUCAUACCGCAGAAUGUUUGCGUAUAUCCUCCAUCAAGGUUAUCUGUGUCACGUUUAUGGAAAGCUGUUAGACCUCGUGACACGUCUCUCUGGCUUCUUGUGUAUUUAUUCCUGCUUCAAGUUGAAGUUUGCAUGUCUGAGACCUGUUCACGUACAAAAAGAGAAAAAAACAAAAACAAAACAACCAAAAAAAAAAAAAAAAGAUUUUU